AUGACAAAGAAAACAUUUAAAGUAAACGACGUGUUUGCGAUUACUGGUGAUCAGACAAGCAAUAAAGAUGUUGAGACAUCAGAUGAGAAGCAUCGUCCCGAAAAUAAUUGGCGAGAUCUCGUGUCAUACUGGAUAUUUGGCUUGUGCAACAAUUUUGGCUAUGUUGUUAUGUUAACGGCGGCACAUGACAUUUUGAAGGAACUUAAUGGCGAACAAGAGACACAUCAUGGAGGAAGUAACAGACCAUGCAAUAUUGUUAGUACUGGUGCUAUUUUACUUGCUGAUAUUAUCCCCGGCCUGAUCAUCAAAUUCCUUUCUCCGUUUUUACCGUUUUGGCAUAGAACCCGUAUCUCCAUUUCUUGUGCGGCUGCUGUCGGUGGAUUUGUUGUUGUCGCUUUUGCGAAAACGGAGACACUUGCUUUGACUGGUGUAGCUUUAACAUCCUUUGCAUCUGGUCUUGGUGAACCGACUUUCCUUGCUUAUUCAGCUUUCUUCCAUCACAAUGUCAUAUCUACAUGGUCGUCUGGAACUGGAGGUGCUGGAAUUGCUGGAUCUCUUGCAUACUCAGUCCUUCGAGCAGUAGGCUUAACCACUCAACAAACAAUGCUCGUGAUGAUCGUUGUACCAGCAUUAGAAUUAUUAACAUUCUUCUUCCUACUUACAACACCAAAGAGUCAUAAUAUUGAGGAUCAUCAUGUUGGCGAUAAUGUUAAGGCAUCAAAUGAUUUGCCUGCAUUUACAUCAACUAAAGAGAAAAUAUUCUACAUAAAACGUUUAGUCCAUUUUAUGGUACCAUUGUGCUUAGUCUACUUGUUUGAAUAUUUCAUUAAUCAAGGACUGUACGAGCUUGUUUACUUCCCUGACAUAUUCUUGGAUUCUUCGGAACAAUAUCGAUGGUAUCAAGUCACAUACCAAAUUGGUGUUUUUAUUUCUCGAUCGUCUGUUAAUAUUAUUCAUAUUAGACAAAUUUGGGUAAUGGCACUUCUGCAAGGCUUGAAUGUCAUCUUUUUCACUUUUGAGGCAUACUACAUGUUUACUCCAUCAAUUUGGAUUAUCUUUGCAUUAAUCGUAUUUGAAGGAUUGCUCGGCGGUGGAAGCUACGUCAAUACAUUCUACAGAAUGAGUAGAGAAAUUCCAGCAACAAGAAGAGAAUAUGCUAUGAUGGUUGUCACAUUAUCAGACUCUCUUGGAAUAACGCUUGCUGGAUUCUUGGCAAUGCCAAUGCACAACUGGAUGUGUGGAACGCCGGGAGGAAUAAGACUUCAAUAG